AUGUCAUCCUCACAUGAUGAAUACUCUUCGGAUGAAGAAGAUUUGUUUGAUGAAAAUGAAAAAACUGAUGUCUACUUGGGUUUCGUAGACGACGUUAUAGAAAGCGAUGAAGACGAUGAAGAAAGUCAACCGACCAUUGAAGAUACAUUCAUUGGAUCUAAACCAAUCUGGUUGCAUCCAGACUCUCAGCCCGAUCCAGCUAGUUUAACUUGCGACAAUUGUGAUAAGAAAAUGGCUCUUUUAAUGCAAGCAUUUGCUCCAAUUGACGGGAAAUUGUACGAUCGAGUCAUUUACAUAUUUGCCUGUAAAAAUACUGGACAGUGUUCUAAGAAGAAAGGCUCUGUUAAAUGUAUAAGAGGAAUUAAUAAGGAUCCUAAAAAAAUUGCUCAAAUAAAAGCUGAACAAGAGGAAGAAGUUCGAAAGCAACUUGAUGAAAAAUUAAAGAUUGACAAUCAAAAAAAAUUAAAUAUUGAAUUGACAAAAGACUUGUUCAAUAAUUCGAAUUCAGGCAGUGGUAAUCCCUUCGGUAGUAAUCCAUUUGGAUCUUCUUCGUCCAAUCCAUUUGAAAAUAAAAGUAGUCCCUUUACUGCUCCUGCAAAAUCAAAUGAUGAAGAAAGUAAAAAAGAAGAUAAGAAGACAAAUGAUAAAAAAACUUAUGCACAAGCAAGUGCCCUCAAGGCAGAUAAUAAAGUGAGCAAGAUUAAAAGUAAAGACCCAAUAACUUUACCAUCUUAUCAAGGGUAUUUUAUCUACGUUGAUCAAGAGAAGUUUAAAAAAGUCACUUUGGAACCAGAAUUAGAAAAAUAUAAACAUUUAGUUGAAGAAAUGGAAAUGGAUGAAGGUUCAAGUUCGGAUAAAAAAGGUCGUUCAUCUUCAGUAUCUUCUUCGUCUUCGGCCACUUUGAAUCCACAGGCCAAAAAAAUUUCUAAUAUGUUGGAUGAUAAGUACUUUGAAAAUUUUACAAACGUUGUCAAACACAAUCCUUCGCAAAUUCUUCGAUACGACUUGGGAGGUAAACCAUUACUUUAUAAUGGUAAAGACGAAGUUGCCAAAAAAUUCAUCAUAGAAGAAGGUAAAGACUUUAAUGUUCCUAAUCCUGGAUACAAUCCAUCAUCCAAGAGACAAUUCGAAUUACAAUUAAUGCCACAAACUAUUAUGAAUUUAGAACAACUUGAAGAUUCCAAUAACAUAGCGAUCAAUGAUAUCUUGAAUGGUAUGUCAUGGGGGACCAUCAUUGUUUGUACUGAUAUCGAAGAUUACAUACCCGAAGAAAAUUUCGAUGAAAAUCACGUUGGCUACAUUGAAGACUGGUGUGGAGUCCAAUGGGAAGAAAGUGUGUAG